AUGCAGAAUAAAACCAAGAAGGAGAAAGAACCACCCAAACCAGGGAAAAGUGGAAAAAGUUCAAAAGAAGGACAAGACACAGAAUCAGAGAUUUCCAGCAGAAAGAACAGCCUUGUUGCUGUCCAGUCUUCAACAUCUUCUAAAAUAAAGGUACCAGUCCCUCAGCCCAUUGUGAAAAAAGACAAGCGGCAGAAUUCUUCUCGGUUUGGUGCCAGCAAUAACAGAGAACUGCAAAAACCACCAUCAUUCAAUGAUGUUCCUCCUGAGGAUCAAGAGAAGCUUUUUACCCAGAAUUUACGUCAGUGUUGUGUCCUCUUUGACUUUGUUUCCCACCCACUGAGUGACCUCAAGUGGAAGGAAGUAAAUCGAGCUGCUCUAAGUGAAAUGGUAGAAUACAUCACCCACAAUCGGAAUGUGAUCACAGAGCCCAUUUACCCAGAAGUAGUCCCUAUGUUUUCAGUUAACAUGGUUUGAACCUUGCCACCUUCCUCCAAUCCUACGGGAGCCAAAUUUGACCCAGAGGAAGACAAACCAACGUUAGAAGCAGCCCUGUCACAUCUGCAGCUUUUAGAGCUCUUUGACAGCGAGGAUCCUCGGGAGAGACAUUUCCUGAAAACCACCCUUCACAGAAUUUAUGGAAAGUUCUGCCUGAGAGUGUACAUCAGGAAACAGAUAAAUAAUAUAUUUUAUAGAUUUAUUUAUGAAACAGAGCAUCAAAAUGGCAUAGCAGAAUUACUGGAAAUUUCGGGAAGUAUAAUUAAUGGAUUUGCCUUUCCACUAAAAGAAGAGCGCAAGAUUCUCCUAUUGAAGGUGUUGCUACCUUUGCACAGUGUCUACCAUCCACAGCUGGCCUACUGUGUUCUACAGUUUCUAGAGAAGGACAGCACCCUCACUGAACCAGUGGUAAUGGCACUUCUCAAAUACUUGCCAAAGACUCACAGUCCAAAAGAAGUAGUGUUCUUGAAUGAAUUAGAAGAAAUCUUAGAUGUCAUUGAACUCUCAGAAUUUGUGAAGAUCAUGGAGCCUCUCUUCCGGCAGUUAGCCAAGUACGUUUCCAGUCCACACUAGGUGGCGGAGCAAGCACUGUAUUACUGGAAUAAUGAGUACAUUAUGAGUUUAAUUACUGAUGAUGCAGCAAAGAUUCUGCCUAUCAUGUUUCCAUCUUUGUACAACAGUCCUCUUGUGUGCCGCAAGUCCGAGCUCCCUCAGUACUCUCACACCAAGAAAGGCUUGGACGCCCACUGCAGAAAAGCUGCAAAGGGCAGUGCAAAGGGCAGUGCAGCCUUGGCUCUGGGCAUCAAUGGAGGCAACGGUGUCCAGAGUAUGGUUAUGGCAGUGUUGGCCAAGGCAAGUGAGGAGUCUGGAGGCAGCAAUGUCAGCACCCUCUGCUUCAUCAUUGAAAUAUGGCUACACCUCAACCCAGAAGAGUUUUUGAGAUCCCGGGAUUUGGACAACCUGAAGAUUCUCAGGAUCUUCCUGUUGCUCAUCAUGCCUGAAUCAGAGGAAGCUGCAAAGGGCAGUGCAAAGGGCAGUGCAGCCUUGGCUCUGGGCAUCUAUGGAGGCAACGAUGUCCAGAGUAUGGUUAUGGCAGUGUUGGCCAAGGCAAGUGAGGAGUCUGGAGGCAGCAAUGGCAGCCUGGAGCUCCUCACCGCAGCCACUGGGCUCCCCACAAGGCCGCCGGAUGCCACCUUCACUGCCCCUGCAGCCAGACUCUUGUCACCACAGCAGGAUGAAGAUGCUCAGGGCUGGAUGCCUCUGUGGCCACUGCCCCUGCUUCCGGACUCUUCUGGGGCCCCCAACCUGCCCAGCACCAAACUCCCAAACCCGGGCUGGAUGCAGAUGCUGCCCACCAAAGCCCAACGUCCAUGCACGUCACCCCACACCCACACCUGGCGCCCUGCAACUGACCAGACCCCGAUGCAGCUGCAUGUGGCUGCCACUCUGGAGCUCCAGGCUGCUGCCACCAAACUCCAACAGGGACACCAGACAGUACUGGACACCGACGUCAUCACAACUGCAGCCAGACGCCUGUCAGCACUGCAGGACAAAAACGCUCCUGUCUGGACACCUCCGUUGUCCCCACUGUGA